AUGGAAAAGAGCAGUCCCGUAAGCCAUGCAAGACAAGUAACUCAAGUUGGGGAGUCUUCCAACUCCAUGAAAGUCGACGGUGAUCAGAAGGAUUUUGUUUGUGAAAUAUGCGUCGAGUCCAAGGCUGCAUCCGAGUCGUUUGGCAUUAAAAGUUGCAGGCAUUCAUUUUGUACGGACUGCAUGAUCAAAUACGUGUGCUCCAAGCUUCAAGAGAACGUCACAACCAUCGGUUGCCCUAAUCCUGACUGUGCGUUGGGAACACUAGAGCCCGAGCACUGUCGUUCGAUCCUACCCGCCAAGGUGUUUGAAAGGUGGGGUACUGCAUUGUGUGAGGCUGUGAUUCCUGCCUCUCAAAAGUUUUACUGUCCCUUCAAGAAUUGCUCCCUAAUGUUAAUUAUUGAUCAUGACGAGAACGAGGUUGUGAGACAAUCGGAGUGCCCUAAUUGUAAGAGAUGCUUCUGUGCGCAAUGUCUGGCUCCUUGGCACGUUGGGAUCGACUGCGCUGAGUUUCAGAAAUUGAAUAAGGAUGAGAGGGAAGCUGAAGCUAUCAUGCUGAGGAACCUCGUUAACAAGAAAAAUUGGAGGAGAUGUCCCAACUGUAGGUUCUACGUGGAACGAACGGAGGGUUGCAAUCUCAUGGUGUGCAGUGGCCUAUCAAUUUCUAUUUACUGUGGAUUGAUUGCAGGUGCGGAAGUUAUUUCUGCUACAGAUGCGGCGCCGGCAGUGAGACGGUUUAUUCCUCCAGUAGAGGCAAAACAAGCAGAUCCGCCUCCAUUGCUUGUAAUAUUGGCAGCUUUGACAGCCCACCUCAGCUGA